CAUCAUGGCUGCCAAUACAUGUCCUGUAACUCCGGAGCGGGUUCGAAAAAUUCUUUCAUCGUUUUUGAGCGAUGGAACGAAGAAUGGAAACGACAAGGAAACUGAGUCAGAAAGUACAACCACUGCAACUGAUGCAAAAUCUCAGGACAAGGAGAAUACGACGACAGAGAAGAAGCAGGAUAGUUGUCCUAACUUGCGAAGCAGGGAUGCCUUCUUUACCAGAGUUGCCACAUUUUCGCCUCUGACCUGGUUUGCUAAACCAGGAGAGUUGUCUCCCUUGGUAUGUGCGCAGUAUGGCUGGGAGAACACGGACGUGGACAUGCUGCGAUGUGUCAGCUGCAAGUCCUUCCUGUGUGGGAAACUACCUGCGAAUACAGAUCAGGUAGCAUACAAGGAAGCCUGUGAGAAGCUCAAGAAGUCCAUCUGUGCCAGUCAUGAGAAGAUCUGUUCCUGGUCCACCAACCCUGCUCCAGACUGGUACAUGCAUGUCCCCCACUAUGAUCUGGAGGAGGUGAGGCGUGACUUCCAGACCCGGUACAGGAGGCUGAAGGAGGCCAGGGACACUUUACCGGACAUCAAUUAUGACAGUCUGGCCAAGUUUGGCUUUGACACAUACCACUGUGGGCGACUGACCUUCUCUCUGGACAAGUCCAGUACAGAGGGGAUGAAAGUGGCAGCAGCGCUUGCAGUUACUGGCUGGGCCAUCAGCAACAAUGACACCCUAGUGUGCGAGUAUUGUCAGAGGAAAGCUGGGUUGUGGAAUUUCAAGGUGAAGAUCAGCAAUGGCUCCGACCAAAAUGGUGAUUCUGAUCCUCCUCUGAAGAAACAGAAAUUGGAAAACAAGGACAGUUUUGAUCCAUCUGAUGAGCAUCGCACAUUCUGCCCAUGGAUCAAAUUACAAGAACAGGAAGACAAUUCCCAGUCUGCAACUGGCAACAACACUUCACAAACUAGCCCAAGUCUGUUUCGAAACAAUUCUCAGUCGUCAGCAAGUAACAAAAAUUCACAGCCCAGCCCAAGUCUGUUUCGAAACAACUCACAGCCCAACACCAAGCAUAGUCCGGUGCCAAAAUCACCGAAUACACAGAGUCCAGGGCUGAACUCCUCACAGUGUUCCGACACAAGUAAUGAUAGCUUUGGAUCCCCAGGCCCUGCGGAGAGGAAGGAGGGUACAAAGCUCCCAGGAUGGGUUCAGAAUCUCAACAUCAUUGCUCCUAGUCUUCUCUCGAGUGAUAGAGAAAGUUUGUCCAAGACAAUCAGGAAGAGUCCUAUGGUAGUCGGGCUCCGCUCAAUUCGCAGGCUGUUCAAAGACUGGGCUUCACCAGAGACCAAACAGACAUCUUGAUCUUUGAACGUCCAUCACUUGUAAACUGUUAUCUGAUUAUAUGCAAGAUCAUCCUCCAGUGUGCUGUAUCUCUGUUCUCCAUACAUACCCUGGACUCAUCCAUCACCAGAGCUUCAUGAAGGAAGCAAUGUCACCAUCCUCAUCUGUCUCUUUUGAUUUCUCUCUCCCAUGGGCUUGACUUCAACAACCAGUCCAGUGCUUCUUCUAAAUAUAUCUGUGGUUUGAUCUGCAUGCAAAAUUGUCUUGCAAUGUAUUGAAGUUGGAAAUAUUGUUAUAAAUGAACUAUUAGCUGAAUUAUUCAGAGUGCUACUAGUUAAGCAGUGAAGAAAUGCUGGAUUAGGUGAUUAUUUUCAGUGAUGAAGCUCUGGUAGUGAAUAGGUCCAGGAGUUACCCUGGCUAUAGGAUACACUGGGUUAUCCAGGAUGAUACAAGACAUGUAUGACAUCCUAGCAUACUCAGUGACAUUUUCUGAAACAGAAUGUUUGAGUCCAAGAAGUAUUCUGUAUUCAUUAGACGUAUCGUUCAUAUCACAUAUCCGCCUUGUAAUAACAUCACAUCAACACCUGGAAUGUUACACCUCUGCGGCAUGAGCACAUCCUGUUUUGACGGAGAGCCGUCUCAGUCAUUCAGAAUCACUACAGAUUGCAGUGUUUGUUUAUUUGUCAAAGACCAUAAACCGGUAUGGUCACUGGUUUGUUGUUUAACAGCGGACACAGUAAUAUUCCAGCUAUAUGAACACAGUCCGUAAAUAAUCAAGUCUGGACCAGACAAUCCAGUGGUUGACAUCGUAAGUGUCAGUGAACGUUACCGGGUCAAGUUGACACGCCUCCCAUAUAUCCAUGCUCUGGAUUGUGCUGGUAUAUGUAAGCAAGCAGCCUUUUAUCAGUAACUGAUUGCAAGCUGCAACUGUGUCAGCUAUUCUACAGUAUAGUGUUGGCACAGACUGGAUUGUCUGGUCCAGACUUGAUUAUGUAAAGGCCACCAUCAUAUAGGAAUGUGGGCAAGUGCAGUGUAUAAACUAACAAAAAACAAAAUCAAAUCAGGGACCCUGCACCUCUUAUAUUGAUUGUUUAGCCAUCCAAUGAAAAACUCAAGAAAGGUAAACUUUGGUGCAUAUGACAGUUUUGUUUUGUCUAGCCUGUGUGUAAUGGUUUUCUCAGAGGAACUGUGGUUUGGAUUAAGAUUUGAGAUAAACAUGUUUUCCCCGAUGUGAGAGCCAGCUGUAUGGCAUCUGAUAUUGUAAAUAUAUUAUCAUUGAUUUGUAUUUCAAAAAUGUGUUCAAAUUUUUUUUGCUUCAACUAUUUGUGCCAAUGAGUCAAGAUUCUGUUGUUGUUUUUCAUUUGUUGUGUACAUACUUUAGAUCAUUUAGAUAUAAGAUGCUCAUUAUAAUAAUGAUAUGCGUGUACGAUCUACGACAUAAUGUCCGACAACAGUGCAAUAGCUGUUUACACUCAGACUCCAGUAUGUUUGUGCAUGAGGUGAUGCACUGUUUAUUUCACCAGUCACUGCUCCUACUUCUAUGUAAUGGGAUAAAGAAAAUCGUUAUGAAUGUUUAAAGCAAUUUUUUCACCAAGUUAACAUUAUAUAUUGAUCAUUCUUCAGCUUUGUGUAUUUUCUUCAUCACAUUUGAUGUGAAUCUGGCACAAUGCGGAGUCUUGGAGACCCUUCAUUAAGAUUGUUGAAAUACAAUGUAUCAGCAAAGCUGAUGUGGCAUCUCAGAGCAGUAACUUAGCCAAACUUCAUCAGUCAAAUGUGAAAACAUCUGUACAGUUGUACACAGUUUCCAGCCUCCAUUCAAAAUAUUAGAUCCAGGUGUAUUCUUGUAUGAAACACUGAACAUCUGAAAUGACAUCGUCUCAUUGUACAUUGCCCAGUUGUUACCUGGCAGUAUAAAUCAACUAUAAGACAAGAUAGUAUUUGACAUUAUGAAACUUAUUUCAUUGACUUUCCUCUGCACUUCAGCUAUUGUUAGCCAAUGUUGGAGAAUUUAAAGUCUUCAAUGCCAACAACUUGUCGAAUCUAUAAGUGGGCAACAUACUUAUGGAGUGAUCAAGAGGCAAGAUAAAUCUCAAUGGGUAUUUAUAGUUUUCUUUAGGUGUUUAAUAUACUACAAUUCCUUUUGGCCCUGUGUACUGGGUAUUUAUAUACCAAUGACUAGACAUGGAUCGUGUAAUCAGAAGUCUGCUUGAAAUGUUGUGUCAGAUGAUUUCCAAUUCCUAUCUGUGCAUAUGCUGUCAUUCAGCGGUCUUGUGUGGUGUCCACUUACAACCGUCAUACUUGCCAGAAGCAGUGCUGUUGUGCAUAAUUCACUGACGUUGAUUUCAUAUAGACGUGAUGCCGGUCUUUUAUCAAUAAAUAAAGUUAUGUGAAGAAAUACAGGUGACCAUCUGAAACAAUCUACAUUGUCAGGUUAUGGUGUUAAUUCAGAUUUCUUGCAUAUUUGCAUACAUGGGUAACAGUGAAUAUGUUUGCAGAAAGGCAGCUCAUCAAGCUCGGUAUCUUGUUGAGGAUAGUUUUAUCUCUGGUUAUUUUUGUAGUUUACAACAAGCUUGUUGGAAACCAUCUCAGUCGAACAUUGAUUGGUGCAAUUUACGUCUUUUGAAUAUUUUUCAUGUUUACAACUAUUUGUGUAUUGUCAGGACACUAUUGACAUUAAGCUGUAAAUGAACAUUAAAUGUUUAAUUAAACUGUAUGAGUCAUGUC